GAACAAAUCAUGCUUCUAUUCAAACAGCUACGAUUGACAGAUAAAGAACUGCAGAAGAGAGAUGAGUUUUGCAAGCUUUUCCGAAAUAUUUUGAAUCCUUAUUUUCCUGGUUGUUCUGUUAGUCUCUUUGGAUCUUCGGUUAAUGGAUUUGGUGUUAGAGGCUGUGAUAUCGAUGUGUUCCUGGAUCUUCAUAGACCAAUGCCUAAAGAGUUGAAGGAACAAUCAAAUGAUGCUAGCCCCAGUCUGAAAUUUAUUAAAAACCAGGCGGUUCCCAUGGACGAGUUUCUUCAAUUAACGGCCUAUAAACAAGUUCGAUUUCUUCAAAAGAUUUUGAGUAAACAUCUCAGGGAUACAUUUGGCAAUUUCUUCCCCAUACCGAGUGUCCAGUGUCCAAUUGUCCGGUUUAUUCACAAAAAAUCCAACAUCACCUUUGACUUAUCUCUCCAAAACAAGAAUGGAUUACACAAUACAGUUCUUCUCAAAUACUUCUCAUCAUAUGAAUGGAGGGUCGCCCCUUUGGUGUGCAUUAUCCGGUUAUGGGCUAAGUACCAGAAGUUAGCGAGUAUUGGUGGCACAAGUUUUUCCAGCUAUUCAAUCACCUUACUUAUUCUGUUUUUCUUACAAAACACUCAACCUGCGGUCCUACCAUCUGUCAAAGAACUUAUAGAACUGUGUACUCCAGAAGAAACAAAUAUCGUAGAUGACUGCAACUAUUCCUGUCCCAAGAGACCUCCAGAGCAAGUUUUACCACCAAGCAAGAACACAGAUAAUUUAGAGACUCUAUUAUAUAAAUUCUUUGACUUCUACUUACACAUCGACUAUGAAAGUACUGUGAUAUCAACGCACACCGGCCAGCUUCUGCCACGGUCCAACUUUGAAAAUGAUCCAGAGCUUAAAACUUUUAAGUUGAGCUCAGUCUGUGUUCAAGAUCCUUAUAUUUUGGUAAUCAACACUGCAGGAAAUGUUACAGACAAAGUGAAAAUGGACUUUAUAAAAGGACUUUUCAAAGCUCAAACUCAACUUUCCACACCCAAAUCUGACAAAAAUGUUUGGGGUAUACCUAGUAUUCUUGUUGUUGAAGAACCACCACCUAAGGGGAGAGAAAGAUUUAAGGAGAAACAGUCAUUUGCUCAACCAAUUCUCCUUAAUUUUCCUAUCAAUGUCUGCCGUUUAAACAAACAUUUGACAGAAUUUUCAAAAGAAUCAGAAUGCAACCAGCUUUUAUGGUGCAAAGUUUUCUGUGUGUUCUUGAAAACGGUAUUGAGUGAUUUACUUCUAAUAGAAUGUUCUAAAACGUGUGAUAUUGAUAGCUCGAUUUUGAACCAAGAAUGCAGCAAUGAAGAAUUUCCCAGUAAAGGAGGAAAGAAGAAAAGGAAAAAAACCAAAGAUGCAAGUCCUUCGACUGGUAACGAAUCGGAGACAAAUGUCACUCCUGGCAUUUUGAAACUCGGUGAUAUUUUGAAGCAGAGUCAAGAGAAGGAGGAGGAGAAAGAGGAGGAGGAAAUGCUUAAAGAAAACCUCAAGAAUCUUGAUCAAUCAUCAUCCAAUUCUUCAGAAACUGCAAUGAAUAUUGAAAGCACUGAAGGAAGUGACAGUCCCGUAACUAACCAAAAGGAUUCUAACCUCCUUGGCGACGGACCCAGCAGUGAUGCAGUCACCAUCACAGAAGUUCAUGAAGGCGCUGACUUGUUGUCCGACAUCGGCACCAAGCGGAAACAAGGAAACUCAAAGGAACUUAUCGACUUCGUUUGUACUGUUAAACACCACAUCUGGUUCAACCGAAAGAAUGUACGACAGAAACUUAUAGCCCAGGGCGACUGUACUCCUUUCGAACUAGAGAAAAAAAUUAGCAACCAUAUUAUUAGCGCAGAGAAAGAUUCCACUGAAAAACCAAUAACCAUAUUUCGGCUGAGUGUGAUUCCUGACGUAGAAUAUAUGAACCUCACCUCUGUCUCGGUUCAUAUCACUCCGGUUCUAACGUCCAACAAAGCUGCGGCUUUGAAGCCUUCACAUGGAAUCUAUGACUUUCUGAUAUCUUUCCUCAACCGAAUGAUCUCGUCACACUUUACCAAAUGGUGUAUUUCAAACUGUACAGACGAUUUGAAUCUUUCCUCACUCUGAAUACCAUCACGAGGUUCAAGUAAAAACUGGAAAAUAUUAACGCAUGUCUUUCAGUGAGAAAACAAACAAAGAAAAAAAAAAGACCCAAACUGUUUUUUUUUUUAAUUUAUUACUUUUUUGUUUAGACAGUUUUACUUGUAAUUUAUCUGUACAAAUCUUUUAUCUGAUCUGAGAAAAACAUUAACAAUAACCAAGAAGCUAUAUAAUAUUUUUAAAAAGAAAAAACCUAAGUGGGUUGGGGAUUUUAAAAAAAUAUUUUUAACAAAGAAAAAAAAAAAAAGAACCUAAAAAAAAAAAGACGAAAUUUAAGUUUUGCUGAUGCUCUCAAUGUCACUGUAUAUUUAUUUCAUAUAUAUAUAUACGGAUAUUCACAUAAAUUCUCAUUAAACAUUUCAUUUAUAUCUUUA